AUGGCACCUCCAAAUGACUACACCAUACCAGGUGCUGGGGGUGGCCGCCUUAAGCUGAAAGGUGUGCAGAGCGGGCGAAUUGAAAAGAAGAAGAAAAGGAAGAAGCCCAAAGAGAAAGACUCGAACCACGAUGAAGAACCUGAGCCUAAUCAACUAGAAAAGCCUGAGGACCCUGAGAAUCCCGUUAAGGCCGGAAAGACUCGAAAUCAGAGUCAGGCGGGUUCAGAUGUUGACCCAGAUGACAACCUACCUAUGGAUGCGCCAAAAACGGACGCGGAACGAAGAUACGAGGAAGCAAGAAAGAAGAGAUUAAAUGAGCGCCUCAAACGAGAAGGAGUCAAAACACACAAAGAACGGGUAGAGGAACUGAAUAAGUACCUGAGCAAUCUGAGCGAGCAUCAUGACAUGCCAAGAAUUGGACCGGGUUAA